CUGAACCAGACACUGGGUAGGCAGCCAAGACCAGCUGCCAGCAGCCUUAGAUGCACCCUUCUUUCAACGAACAGCCCGCCUAAGGGCAGCACCUCCUGACCAAAACUAUCAACGCCUUUGCCCGGUGCCAUUUCGAAUCCCCCGUAACUAAAAGUCUUCUUCGUCCCAACAGGAUCGAUUAGCUGGUCGAAACCCCCCGACAUCCAACCAUCACCCUUGAGAGCGGCCGAUCAGUCUUCCGACCAAGACCAAACAUUCGUCAUUAUCACAUCCUCUUCGAUGCCGCCGAACGCCGCAAGCGGAGCCGUACCUUGAGGCUAGCCCGUUAUGACGUCCAACCCUUUUUCGAAGCCCACGUCAACAAGGCAGGGCCGGUCAUUUUAUCAGGACCUUCGAGACCAGGAAGGGGACACGGAAGCCCGGGCGGGUCUAUUAGACGAGGAAAACUUGAGCCAUGACUUCCAUGAUUACGAUCUAGAGAACGCCGAAGGUCUCGGGGUUGAAGAUAGCCGCACCACUGCGGGUGGGGUCUCCAGCCCAACCCCAAGAAGCCGCGGUCAACCAGACAGUCGACUACGCAGGGAUGAGCGGUCUGCAUGGGUAUCGCAAGAAGAUGAAGGGGACAAUGACGUUCCGGCCUCGCUGCUGGUGGAGUGCGAAGAAGUGGGCUUGGACGCCCGACAGUCGAAAAAGAAGAGAGGGAAGCAGCCGGCCCCUGUCCCAGGGCCAUCAAGUGCUCGCACCCAAGGGGAGACGAUCCAGGCACAGCAGCGACUCCACGACGAUGGUGUUUUUGGGCCACCACGGCGAGACAACCAUCUACCAACGUCGGUGUUUGCCGGGAUGGUGUCGGGGAACGCCAAGAAGAAGGCUGAGUGGAGAUGGGCUAACGUCUCAAAUCUCGACAACUUCAUCAAGGAAGUCUACGAUUACUAUGUCGGCAAUGGCAUGUGGUGUAUCUUGGUAGAACGGGGCCUGCAUCUUGUCAAUGUUGCCUUCAUCGCUUUCUAUCUGACAUUUCUCUCUCAGUGCCUGGACUACAGCAAGUUUCACAGUAGCCAGAGGCUUUCCCAGGUACUCGUGCCCCAGUGCACCAAGAACAUGUCUGGCGUUUGGAGCUUCGGCCUGUGGAUGUUUGCCUUCUACUUCAUUUGGAAGUCGAUCCAAUACCUCUUAGAUCUCGGGCGGCUACGCAACAUCCGCGAGUUCUACCUCCACCUCCUCAACAUCCCCGACCAAGACAUGCAAACAAUUACGUGGCAGGAGGUAGUGGCCCGUAUUAUGGCACUACGGGACCACAACCCCAAGACAGCAACGACAUUGACAGCAACCCAGCGACAGUGGCUUGGCAGCCAGUCCAAGGAGAGGCUCGACGCAUCGGACAUUGCCAAUCGCCUCAUGAGACGAGAAAAUUAUUUGAUUGCGUUGAUCAACAAGGAUGUCCUAAAUCUGACGAUCCCUGUGCCCUUUCUACACAAUCGGCAGUUCUUCUCUCGCACCAUGGAGUGGCUCCUCAUGUUCAGUAUCGUUGACUUUGUUUUCGACGAGAAAAGUCAAGUCAACCAGGAUUUUAUCCGCUCAGAGCGCCGAGCCGAACUCAGCUCGAAGCUUCGCGGUCGAUUCCUGUUUACCGGGACCAUGGUCCUCUUCCUCUCGCCCUUCUUGGCCACCUACCUUCUUGUCGUCUACUUUCUCAUGUAUUUCCAUGAAUUCCACAAGACCCCGUCUGCCUUAGCAGCACGAACAUACACGCCCCUCGCCGAGUGGAAAUUUCGAGAGUUCAAUGAACUACCUCACUUAUUCCGGAAACGGCUCGGCAUGUCCCAUCCAUUUGCGAGUCACUACAUCGAUCAGUUCCCCAAAGCCAAGACGGAGAUGGUCGCCUGGACCGUGGCUUUCAUUUCGGGUUCUCUCGCUACCGUGCUCGGGCUUGCCUCCAUCAUCGACUCCGAGUUGUUCAUGCACUUUGAAAUCACGCCUGACAAGAACGUUGUCUUCUACGCGGCCGUGUUCGGAGCUAUUUGGGCAGCCGCUCGGGGCAGCACAUCGGAAGAGAAUUCGGUUUUCGAUCCCGAGUUCGCUAUGCGGAACGUCAUUCAAUAUACUCAUUAUGAGCCGGACCACUGGAAGGACAGGCUCCAUAGCUUUGACAUCAAGCAGGAGUUCUCUGAGCUCUACAAGCCCAAAGUGGUCAUUUUCUUCGAGGAGAUCUUGAGCAUCCUCAGCAUCCCCUAUGUUUUGUUGUUUAGCCUCCCUAGGUCCAGCGACCACAUAAUUGACUUCUUCCGGGAGUUUACCAUUCACGUUGACGGGCUCGGUUACGUCUGCACCUUCGCUGAAUUCGACUUCAAGAAGGGGGUCGGUAAAGGAAAGGGCAGCAAAGACGGCAGGGACGCGGACGUCCGAGACGAUUACUACUCAACGAAGCACGGGAAGAUGGAGGCUUCUUACUAUGGUUUCAUGGGCAACUACGGCAACUUCGCCCUUAACCCACGGACGGGGGCGGCAUCGCAUCUCCCGCCGGGGGCUCGGAAUCAGUUCCAUCCGCCGCCAGCGUGGCCUAGUAUAAACUCGCCGCCGCCUGCAACCGAUCUCCAAACCUCAAAGAUGGGCCGGGAACGGACAAGGGGUGGAGGUUCAAGCAGGGAAGCGCGGUACGGCGCUGCCAUGCCACAGCCAUCACCCAUGGCGUCCAUCUUACUUGAUCCACACCACCAUCCACCGAAUACGCUCCCUUCCGGCAGAAGUAUACACACGCCUCGCCAUCAACGUGGUGGGGGCCACCAGGGCAUCAUCGAAGAAGCUUUCGAGGACGAUGGCGAGGUCAGUGAUGCUGGGAGGCAACGUGAUUAUGAGGAAGCAUACGAAAGCGGGGGUGCUCUCGACGAAUCGGCGUGGCAGACAUCACCCACCCGAACGCUCAGUAGGGAGAACAGCGCCGCGGAAGCUAGCCGACCACCAGAAGCCGGGGUUGUUCACAUGAUUUAUCAGUUCAACCAAGCGCAACUAAAUCGCAGGCCGGGAGGAGUGCGAUGAGUAAGCCAUGGCGGCGUGACGCAUUACAGACGGGAGUUAUGAGCUUAUUGACACUGAAUACGUAUUCGUACUUGCGCCUUUUUUCAAAGUGAAGCGGGCCGCACCGGCCAAGUGGUGAACGGAACCGGCGCUGCGAGCCUUCCCGGAAACAUGACGCCUCCAUCCGUCUCAGCCUCCCUCCUCCCUGCCGCGUGGUCCUGUGGGACUUGCUGGUCCCCGCCACGAAGAAAGAGGUUGUCAGCUUGGCAACACGGCUUUGCCGGCCUUUGGGAAGACAAUGACACCUAUUUGGUACACAAUUCA